AUGCUGGCCCGCGGCCCCAAAGCCCCUAAGUUGCGCCGCUGCGGCCGCUGCUCCGAGGCGGCGAAGAAGGCCAAGGCCGACAAGAAGGGUACACAUGAUAUCCCAAACGAUCUUUCUACGCAAGGUCAUGUAAGGCUGACCUGCCCUGUGCGCUUAGCUGCAAAGAAAGCCACCCUCCGCAAGGAGGAAGAGGCCCCGGCCUCUAACGGAGAAGGCCCGGCCCCCGCGUCUCCGAAAGACCUCCAUAUGGAGGCAGAGGCUGUCGCCUCUGGUGAGAAGGGUAAGUCAUUCCUUAUACAGAAUAUCAGGCAAAGCCCCCGCCCCCGCACCCCCAAGACCUCCAAGGCCCGUGGCCCCGCGGCCGGUUCCUCCCCGGCUCCCGCCUUUAAAGGUACGCUUAUAAUCCGUGCCCGCUUUGCCUCGUUGCUAUACUGA